CUAGUCCAAUGCAGUGAUGUCGGCGUUGCUGUGCCUCGUAGCGGGAGCAGUUUGCUUUUAUUUGAUAGUGUACUACGGUGUGUUUAGAGGAGUGGGAUGCUCGAGUCCAGUGAAGCUAAAGGGGAAGACGGCCAUUGUUACAGGAAGCAACACUGGCAUCGGCAAGGCCACAGCUCUGGAUCUGGCAAAGAGAGGAGCCAGGGUGAUCCUGGCCUGCCGCAACAAGGAGAAAGCUGAGGCUGCUGCUUUUGACAUCCGCAGAGAGAGCGGGAACAAUCAGGUGGUGUUCAUGCAGUUGGAUCUGGCGAGUCUAAAGUCCGUGCGCAGUUUUGCUGAAACCUUCCUGAAGACCGAGCCCAGACUGGACCUCCUCAUCAACAACGCAGGUGUGAUGGGUCCAGGGUGCACUGAGGACGGCUUCGGCGCAGCGUUCGGGGUGAACCACCUGGGUCACUUCCUGCUCACCAACCUCCUCCUGGAGCGGCUGCAGCAGUGCGGUCCCAGCCGCGUGGUCACCGUGGCCGCGCUGCUGCACCGCUUCGGAAACAUCGACUUCCCUCUGCUGGCUUCCGAGAAAGACUUAGUGUCGGGUCAGUCCACCUGGCACGACUUCCAAGCCUACUGCAGCAGCAAGCUGUGUAAUGUGCUCUUCACCAGGGAGCUGGCCAACAGGCUGGAGGGCACCAGUGUCACCUGCUACAGCCUGCACCCAGGAGUCAUCUACACAGAACUAUGUCGCGGUCUGAGCCUGUGGCUGCAGCUCCUCAUGAUGCCCUUUGCCAAGCUGUUCUUCAUGGACCCAGAGGGGGGGUCCCAGACCACCCUGCACUGCGCCCUGCAGGAGGGCAUUGAGCCUCUCAGCGGACGCUACUUCUCUAACUGCGCGCUGCAGCAAGUGGGAGCCAAAGGACGAGACGACGCCCUGGCGAAGAAGCUGUGGGAGGUGAGUGAGAGGUUAACCAGGUUGUCAUGACAGACUGAAACCUGAUCCAGGAGCUGCAAAGACUGGAUCAACGCUCAACUGUUGGUUCCUUUAAAGCGCUGGUUUCUUAUGGUCAUAUACAUGAAUAAUGUAAGUACACAGCCUUACACUGGUGCCUCCUGUUUAUCAAAUGACAGUUUGAGAUGUCAUGGCUGCAUGUGGUUGAACCACAUUAAUGAUCUCUAUCGGGGCCCCUUCCUCAGACUUGAUUACUGACAAGCUUCAAAUGCACAGGUGUGGUUUAUAUAAUAAUCUACAGCAAGUACAGAUGUUGAUCCAAGUGGGGAUAAUGCAAAAGAUCAGACGUGUUGACUGAGUCGUUGUGUGAUUAAGCUCUAGUGCUUCUUCUGGGACAUUCGUAUCAUAUUGACAUUGAUGUAUUUGUCAGUAGUUUUUCACUGUGAGUGGCCAAACAAGCUGACGUGUCGAAGAAGAAAACUGCUCUGGGUAAAUGUGACAUUCAUUCCUGUGCUCUAAGUCGAUGGUGCCGGCAGCUUGGGGACACACUUGCUCUGUAAGGUGCUAAACAAUAUGUUUGCACAGUUAAUUCGAGUACUAUCCACAACUGUCUGCAAACCACACCACAUCGCUUGUGCAAUAGUUUAAAGUAAAAAACUAGAACACAGCUAAUAUGAUAUCUGACGCUCCAGUUCAUCUGAAGUUUCUAUAGUUUUGAAAUGAUGAAAUGUCUGUGGGAUUUUUGCCACAAUGAGAGACGUCUGAUGGAAAAUGUUUAGCUCUUAUUAACUGUAAAUCUGUGCUGAUUAAACCUGUAUUAAUACCUGUAGGGGUCUUCAUAAAAUUACAUUUGGUACAUUGUCUACUUGUAUAUUAAA